CUGCAACAGAUCGCUACAGCUACAUCCUCGGUCCAUUGCGUGUUUGUGUGUGUCCUCCGAGAAAUUUUGAACGGGGAGCCAAGUCGUAAUCGGCCCGAGCUCUCCCGCGUAAAACUGACAAAGCAACUCGACUCACAUAACAUACACAGCGAUAGCUUGAGUGACGAUCCCGUGGCAUGGAGCUGAGAAGCACGUCAAAAUGAAUAAUUUUGAAAAGAUUGAAAAGAUUGGAGAAGGCACUUAUGGAGUAGUUUACAAGGCAAGAGACUUGAAGUCUGGUAAAACUGUUGCACUGAAGAAAAUACGAUUGGAUACAGAAUCUGAAGGUGUCCCAAGUACUGCCAUCAGAGAAAUAGCACUGCUGAAAGAGCUGGACCACAAGAACAUAGUCAAAUUACAUGAUGUGGUACACAGUGACAAGAAGCUCUAUCUUGUCUUUGAGUUCAUGAACCAAGAUCUCAAGAAAUACAUGGAUGUUGCUCCUCCAUCAGGCCUGCCACCAGGUUUAGUCAAGAGUUAUCUACAGCAACUUCUUCAGGGUAUUGCAUUUUGCCAUGCACAUCGUGUCCUUCACAGAGACCUCAAACCUCAGAAUCUACUCAUUGAUGCAGAUGGCCGCAUCAAACUUGCUGACUUUGGACUAGCAAGAGCGUUCGGUGUUCCUGUCAGAACAUAUACCCAUGAGGUUGUCACAUUGUGGUACAGAGCACCAGAGAUCUUACUAGGCUGCAGGUAUUAUUCCACAGCAGUGGACAUCUGGAGUCUUGGCUGUAUUUUUGUGGAGAUGAUAACGAGAAGAGCGCUGUUCCCUGGGGAUUCUGAAAUCGACCAGCUCUUCAGGAUAUUCCGGACCAUGGGUACUCCAGAUGAAAAGCUGUGGCCUGGGGUCACCUCUCUACCCGACUACAAGACAAGCUUCCCAAGAUGGACACCUCAAGACUUCACCAAGAUAGUCCCCAUGCUCAAUAAAGAUGGCAAAGACUUACUCAAGUCCAUGCUGUGUUACGAACCAGACAAGAGGAUAUCAGCCAAGACCGGCCUCUCACAUCCGUACUUCAAGGAUGUUAAGAUGGUGCCUCCUCCUCGUCUUCCAACAUGAGCUUGUAUCUUUUCAUUAUGCAAAGCGUUCUUAUAGAUAAAAUGUAUGUGUCGGAAAGAGAUAUUACCUUAUUUAUUACACAUCUUUGUCUGUAUGUACAAAUAUUAGGUAAAGGUUUGUGUUUCUUUGUGGUUAUUUUGUAGUGUAAUAAUCUUCCACUAACCUCACUUUUAUUCUGCUCUAGGCCUCUUAUGAUAAAAGAAACAUCAAACAGUAUAUUUAUGCCAAAAGAAGAUGAGCAUUGUAUGAUUUAAAACCUCAUACACAAUAAUGAAUAAUAAAAUGCAAGUGUUAUGAGUGGUAUUGUUGUUAGUGCCAAUAAUUCUUUCCAUGUUACAUAAAAAGUGCCUUUAAAUCAUCUGUUCUGAGCCAGAAGGGCGAUAAAUCUGUGUUAAAAUAUAUGAGUUUAGCGCC